AUGAGAGACAAACAGAGGUUUUUGUGGCUGUUGGUUGUGAUAGUGGUAGUGGAGGCAUGGGAGGGCAAGAUAGAGCAUCCAGAGGAGUGGGAUCUGUGGAAGACGGAGCACGGGAAGAGCUACGAGUCCCAGAGAGAGGAGCUGGAGAGACAUCUCGUGUGGCUCUCCAACAGAGAAUACAUCAACGCCCACAACAAGAACUCUGUCGUGACAGGAUUCUCAUUGAGGCUAAAUCACUUUGCUGAUUUGAUGGAUGAGGAGUUCCAGGAGGUAUACCUCACCUACAGACCAGGAGACAGGAGUGACAUUAGGGAUACGACACUGGUAGAAGGUGUUCAGGAUCUUCCACUGAUGAUGGACUGGAGAACUCGUAGAGCCGUCACUAACAUCAAGGAACAGGGUCAGUGUGGUUCCAGCUAUGCCUUCAGUGCUGCGGGAGCAGUGGAGGGAGCCUGGGCAGUGAGACACGAACAACUGGUGAACAUCAGCGCCCAGAACAUCAUAGACUGCUCAGGAGACUAUGGGAAUGAUGGUUGUAAUGGAGGCAACAUGAAAGCCUCUUUUCGCUACAUGGUUUCAAACAGAGGGAUAAACGGUGCUUCUCACUAUCCCUACAAGGCCAGGUUCUACUAUCGCGGUGUGUACCGUUCUCAGCGAUGCUCAGCGUCCAAUCUGACGCACGCUAUGCUCAUCAUUGGAUACGGUACCACAAACCAACGAGACUAUUGGCUGGUCAAGACAGGUAUUAUACACAACCCUAACAGACAGAGCUGGGGUGUAUACUGGGGGGUCGACGGCUACAUCCUCAUGGCAAGAAACCUCAGUAAUGAGUGUGGUAUUGCCAGCGACGCCUCGUUUCCAACCCUCAACUAA